AAUUAAUGUUCACAUAGAAUGUUUACAUAGCACGGUACGAUGAUACUCGUGUGCAAUACAUGCAUGCUAUUCCUAGGUAUCUACAUAGCGGUGCUAUUUUGCUAGGACAUUUGGUCGGCAACAUUCGCGAGAAUGAAAUGUGGGUCAAGCGCAGUGUGAUUCCUCGAUCGAGCAAUACAAUAUUUUCUCAUUACUUCUACGACCACGAGAAGUACUUUUUACCCAUCGAGUUGUGAAUAAUUUCGUCAAUUAAUUUAAUUAAUUCAAUUAAUUGACGUAACUUGUUUCUUCAAGUUCCGAUUAAACGACGAUUGUCAGCGAACGGCUAGGUUUGAACGGCAAUGAUUUCCCUUUCGAACCAUUUGUCGAUCAUUCAAUAAUAUCUUUGAACCGAGUCUUGAAAAUUUCAUUUCCCUUUUGCAACAUGAGGAAACUGUGUCGCGUGACCUAAAUGUCCUCGCUUGCUCUCAACCUGACGCUUUUUCAACCUUUCACUUAUACCUUGUUGGAUGGAACGAGAAAUCCAUCUCUUUUCUGCUUCUAAAUCAGACCAUUGAGGAUCGUUGAAAGAUCGCCGAAAGAUCACCAAAACCGUGAACUUUCAAAGUGCAAUUUGCAGCAAACCGGCAAAAUACGGUUCUCUCCAAAGUCCUCUAUCUCGAAAAAUUGAAGAAUAUUAUUAUAUACAUAAAGUGUUAACGGUGUUUUUUCAUGAAUAAAUUACAAUGAUAAGGUACCUCUCUCCUAUUUCUAAUUCCAAAACAAUUGCAACGAAUCGUUAUUUAUAUUGUUGAAACGUGCUUCGGCAAAAGAACAUACUUAGAAAUAUUUCGAAGAAAUCAUUUUUAAUGGAAAUAAUGAAAGAUAGCAGAGAUCGGUUAAAAUCUCCAUAUAUAUUUUGAUGAAAUUGAUGGGUUUCCUCGUACGCACGCAAGCAGGCAGGCAGGCAGGCAGAUUCAUAUGCAUUUUUGCCAACGUGUGUGUAUUUAUGUACUAUCGCUCAAAUAUUGAUUUAUUUUUCAUACAAAUUAUGUAGACUGUGAAACGAGAUUGAAAAAUAACUUGUUUAUCUUAAUAUUAGCGAUUCCAAGUUUAGCGUUUAAUCAACUUAUGAGCAAUGAAAAUUCUUUAGAAAGAUUUGACCUUAUUGAACGUAUAUGUUUAACGUAUAAAAUGAAAUGAAUAAAAGGAAAAUUUGAAAGAGGAAUACAAAAAUAUGCAAUAAUAGAAAUCAGUGAGUAACCAAUUUUCAAUUGAACAUACGGUUGACCCUAUACAUUUAAGAAACUCUGGAAGAAUUUAUUGGUCCUCAUCGAGAGUACUCUUCUUUGUCCAGCGAUUUCCAUUUCCUCGCAUUGUUCCAAUCGUCGUUCCUUUUCAACGACAGUAAAGAAUUGAAACGAAGGAAGUAGGUAUCGUGUCAGAGAUAUUACCGCAGGACGUAAAGAAAAAAGAGACAAUUACCUCUUACAACAAAGAUGAGAAAGGAAAGGAGGAAACGAAGGACGUUGAAUGUCUCAUUAUUUUCAUAUAGAACGUAUAGAACGUAUAGAACGUAUAGAACGUAUAGAACGUAUAGAACGAAUGCCAAUCGUUCUAUGUCUCUUCUCAAAACGCAACUCCGCCAAUCAUAAAAAAAGAAACGACAUUGAUGAAACAAGAAAAAAAGGAGAAUACUCAGCUCGAUAAAGAAUUCAACAAAAAUUCAUCUAUUUAGGAUUUUUGUUAAAUGUAUGUAGGGAUGGUGGUGAUUGCAUAAGACACUCUCUAAAACCGAUACGGUUGUACUUUUAAAACGAAUCGAAAUAAAAAGCUACGCGUCAGAGUGAUUUCCACACAAUUUGGAAAUACUUUUAGAAGCAUCGUCCUACUGCUACUAUCAUUAAAGCUCUCUCUCUCUCUCUCAGUCUUUCUAAUAAUCUGUGUCAUCUUCGUAUUCCGGUCACAGAUGCAAAGCGUAUCGACGAGUUGUUCAGCUUUUCUCGGCUAAAGCGCAUUCUUCUUGAAGUAGGUUAAGACUAGAAUUAAAUUUUUCCACGGUCGAGACUUUGGGAAAAGAUAUCGAUCUUCUUGCUCUCUCUUCAAAUGAUUUUAUAACCAGAAUUGAUGGCAGGGUUGUGUUCGUUGCGUCGAGGAUCGACGCUCAGUCGAUCCUUCUUGGACGAGCCAUUGCAGCGAGUUUUAAUCUCAUCGAGACUUUAUCAAAAUUUCACCGUUCGAUCUGCCGCGGAUCCCUCGAGCCACGCGGAAACUCACGGAUAGUAGCAGGUGCGCGUCGAAUUUUAACGAGCAACAAAUUCUACGACCUUCGAUCUUUAACGAACGAGUAUUGAAAAGUACGCUUUCGUGCUUACCUUGGAAAGCGCACAAUACGAUCGUUUAGAUAAAUAAAAUGACGCGAUGCGCGGAAGGAGCAACACAACAAGGAUCAGCAGCAGCAGCAGCAGCAGGCGAUUGGCGAGCUCGUCCAAGAUUCGAGAGGAUAAAAAGAUCGAGAGGGGAAAAAUAGAAAAGAUGACCGAGACGAUGUCGGUCUCGGAAGAUUCCGAGGUGGUGGUACCGAGGAGCGAGGACUCGUGCGAGGAUGCCGAAGCACAAGGGAACUUUGGGAUGCCAGGUUGGGAAGCAGCGGUGGCCUCGUUAACCCUCGGAUUCAUCGUUUUAGCAACGGUUCUGGGCAAUUCCUUGGUGAUACUGAGCGUUUUUACCUAUAGGCCCCUGAGAAUAGUCCAAAACUUUUUCAUCGUCUCGCUGGCGGUAGCCGAUUUGGCCUUGGCGAUCCUCGUAAUGCCAUUCAACCUAGCUUACCUUCUCCUAGGCAAAUGGAUUUUCGGUAUACACUUUUGUAAGCUCUGGUUGACCUGCGACGUUCUCUGCUGCACCGCGAGCAUUUUAAAUCUCUGCGCGAUAGCUCUGGACCGUUAUUGGGCUAUUACCGAUCCAAUAAAUUACGCACAAAAGCGUACGCUAAAAAGAGUCCUCGGGACGAUAGCCGGUGUUUGGGUGUUAUCCGGUGCGAUUAGUUCGCCCCCUUUAGCGGGAUGGAACGAUUGGCCGGAGCAAUUGGAGGACGACACGCCCUGUCAAUUGACGAGGAGACAGGGUUACGUUAUUUAUUCGGCACUGGGCUCCUUCUUCAUACCGUUAUUUUUGAUGAGCCUCGUUUAUUUAGAAAUAUUUCUCGCUACGAGAAAAAGAUUGAGGGACCGUGCUAGGCAAAGCAGACUCGGGGCUGUACAAUCGACGAGGCACCGAGAAGCCGACGACGCUGAAUCCGUCAGUUCGGAAACGAAUCACAACGAGAGGUCGACGACAACGCCUAGGACCCACGCUAAGCCCUCGCUGAUCGACCCUGACGAACCAACCGAGGUGACGACAGGUGGUGGUGGUGGUGGUGGUGGUGGUGGUAGUGGUCACGCAGCUGCUACCGGCACUGGCACCGGCACCGGCACCGGAACCAGCACCACCGCUACAACCACCGCUGGCAGUAUAACCGGAAAUUCUCGACGAGCUGCUUCCGGUAGCGGUCAUCACCAAAAUCCUCCGACCACUACAACGGUUUAUCAAUUCAUCGAGGAACGUCAGAGAAUCUCUCUUUCGAAGGAGAGACGAGCGGCAAGAACGCUUGGCGUCAUCAUGGGCGUAUUCGUAGUUUGUUGGCUACCUUUUUUCCUCAUGUAUGUCAUCGUUCCCUUUUGCCCGGCUUGCUGUCCUUCCAUCAGGCUUUCCUAUAUCAUCACGUGGCUGGGUUACCUCAAUAGUGCCCUUAAUCCCCUCAUCUAUACAAUAUUCAAUCUUGACUACAGGCGAGCUUUCCGAAAGCUCCUUCGCAUUCGCUGAUCCCCUUUCCUUUCAAAACUAUUUACUUUUCUUCUUUCUUCUUUUUUUUCUAGCAAAAUUAAAACCGACCAAGCGAUAUCGAGGGCUAACGAGUUUAAUCCUAGUCCUAUCAAAUCAAAAAUUUUUUUUUACAAUGAACAUUUCGAAUAACGAGAAACUAAAUGAAAUAAAACUGCAUUUCUUCGUUGUUAGUUCCUCCUCUAUACAUAAUGAGUUUCAAUAUUUUUCAAUGAAUUUUGCAUAGAUUCAAAAUGCGAUCCUUUCUCGUUUGGCUUGACAUUUGUUCGACUUGCGUACAAUCUUCAUCGUGAAAGAGAAAGAGAAAGAGAGAGAGAGAGAGAGAGAGAGAGAGAGAGAGAGAGAGAGAUUUAUUUUUACUUAUUUUAAUCGUAGGGGUAGACGUUUUUAUUACAAUUUCCUAUAGAUGGAAAUAUCUUUCGUGUUAAAUCGUUAAUCCGUUUUUCAACUAAAAUACGAAACAAGGAUAAUCGAAUAAUCGGAUCAUGCCCGUUUCGAUCAUUUCUUUUUAUUCUCCUAUCAAAACUUAACAUCGAAAGUCCAUCGACCAUGAUAUCGGUCUAAUGAAAGCAAACGGGGUAGGGGGAGGGGGAGUAACAAGAACAGUAGUGCUUCAAAUUUCAUUCUUGUUCAUUCGUAUUUAACGAAUAAUCGCGUAUUUAGUUCAUCAAUGAUUUUCUAUUAUUUUCAAUUAUAUCAAAGAAUAUUUUUCUAUAACGCGAAUGUGAUCACGAUUAAUAAUUAACCCAUUUAUUGAUCAAUUUUUAAGCUAGAGACAAUUGAAUUUGUUUAAAAAGUUUAACUCUCUCUCUCUCUCUCUCUCUCUCUCUCUCUUUCUCUCUCUCAUUACAGACAUGAAGAACAUUCGUGAAAAGGGAAGAAGUAUAAUCGUACAUGUACGUACGAGUGAGAUAUUUCGCGAAAACACUCGUUAGUUUCUGCAAUAGUUUCUCGGUUGGAAAUUCAAACAACUUCAUAUGCAUAAGUACGUAUGUACGUGUACAUUAUUAUGUGGUAGAGAAACAAGGAAUGAUGGAUGCUUCUAGACGAUUUUUUCGCGAGAAAAAAACCAAAUUGCCGUAUCGAUUUAUGCAAAAUUCGUUUGGAAAUGGACAAAACUUGCGUGUAAAGAUAAUUUGACGUAAAAUUGACGACUUGUUCAAAAAAUCAUUUGAAACUCGAGUAUAAUCUAGAUAGGUAGAUAAAGGUUUAACAAUGUUGUAGUACGCAAUACGACGAGUACGUUUGGAUAAAGGAAGUAUUCGCGAUCGGUGAAAAUACGCCUUUUUAAAUAGUACCAACAAAUGAAAAAGAGAUUUUCAUCUUAAAACAUAGAAACGUUGGAACGUAGUAGAAUCGUUCCUUUAUUUCUGCGUCCAAGAAGAGAAUAGUUCUCUUGGGGAAUGUUGAGAAAAUGACGAAAGGAAGAAAGGAAGGAAGAAAGGAAGGAAGGAUUCUCAGGGAAAUCGAUUUCGAGAGAACAGAAGAAAAGAGAAGAGAAGAGAAGAGAAGAGAAGAGAAGAGAUUUUCCAGUAGGACGAUUUCGUUGACUUUUAGUAGCUUUCUUAUCAAACAAAGUAGGAUUAAACGAACAAAAAUAAGAACGUCUCGUUCCGAUGGAUUUUAUCGUCUAUUGCAUACUCCGUUUCAUUUUUUGUUCCCUUUGACGAAGAAUCAACAAAUCAAACGAAUUAACCUUUUUGAUAAUAGAGACCAAAAAAAAGAAACUCCUUUUUUUUCUUCUUUUUCUCUAACUCGUUCUUGUUAAAUGGAACGUUAAUUCGAUAUUCGUAUUUAAUUAUUCGCUUUAAGCUGGCCAGAUCGAUCAUAAUGAAAUAUUAACGAGAAACUGUGGGAGACGUUUGGUACGAUCAAACAGUACGAUCGUGACAAUUUAUUCAACCAAUGGGACACUCCAGUCGAUUUGUCCUGUCGAAAUUAGGAACAAGAAGGAGAACGGUUUUUUUUUUAUCAAUCACAUAUUAUACAGUUUAUUUAGUCAACAAAUCGAUUAUUCGCAUUAUUCGCGUAUUACAAGAUAAAUCAUAUAAUUAAACAUUUUUUUCAAUUUAUAAUUAAGUCCACUGUCAUAAUUAUCGUGUGUAACAAUUAACGUGAACCUUUUAAAGCCACGCGUUUAAAGUUUUCUUCUUCGCUGUCAAAAUGGAAGAAUAGAAAAUACUUUUAAUUCGUAUUACUUACUUAGCUGGCUUAUUAUUCUCUCUUUCUUUUUUUUUCUUUUUUUUUCUUUUUCUAUUUAACGUUAUCUACGCGUUGCAUUAGCUCAAAGAUAAUUUACAAAAGAAAUGAAAAGAACAAAUGUAAUUAAACUCGUAGUCGAUUUCGACGAAUAUCCUUCUCUUUCCCCAAGAGUACAAUCAUCUUUUUAUCAUCAAAAGGAAAAGAUAAUCGAUCGAAUAUAAGUUUCGUUAAUAUUUAGCCACAAUAGGAAAAGUCCUGUGUAUUUUAGAUAAAACCUAACGAUAGAAGGUAUAUUAUAUAUUUAUCGUUCGUAAAACACGAUUAUGGUUGUGAGUAUCGAUAUAACUAAAACUGCAAUUCAAAGUUUUGAAUUAAAAGCGAAAUGAAAGAAAGAAAAAAAAGAUAAAAAAAAAAAAGAAAGAAAAUACGUCACGAAAGACGACCAAUGCUUCAAAAAUACAAACAGAUUUACUAAGUAAAACGAAGGUAAAGAUUCAAAGGUUGUGCUAUUAGCCUGUAAUACGACAUACGUAACAUAUAAGAGAUUAUUUAUGAAAAUUGUUUUCGGUCUUGUAUACAUAACACGAAUACAUAAAUACAUACAUACAAAUAUACACGUCGUACACAAAUGUAUAAAAAAAAAAAAAAGAAACGUAAGUAAAAGCGCAUUAAAAAUGUGCGAAAAGAGGCGUGGUACACCACUACUCCAUUAUCUCGUCGCGCGUGUCAUUGUUAAAAAAUAAUUUGUCGAAUCGUAUUGAUCACCCGAAUGAGCACAGCACAGGAGUGUGCAUUUAUUCAAGACAAAAAAUCAACUACUAUAAACAAUUUUGAAUCUUCUUCGUUAUACAUUAUCAUAUAGAUUUAAUAAUAAAAUAAUAAUAAUAAUAAGAAUAAUAAGAUGAAAGAAAAUGCAUAAAAAGUGACGCAAGCAACUCUUGCCACGAGUCAUUUGUGUCUACGGGUGUACGUAUAUUCAUUUGUCCAAAAAGAGAAAAAUAUGUAAGUAAGAAAGUACGAGAGUACUUUUCUCUCGUUUCGAGGAUUCCUUGAGAAUUUGACUCGACGUAAAAGCGAAAUACACGUGUAUAUGCAUAGGAAAAUAAGAACGUAUGUUGUGUAUCAUGCGACUAUAAAAAAAAAAAAAAAGAAUAAGAUCGAAUUACGAAGAGAACAGGAGAGGAUAAUAUAUGAUGUAGAGAGAAAGAACAAAAAAAAAAAUGAAGCAAAAAAAAAAA